GGAGGGUAGUGGACACUUUCCAUUUCUCCCAAAGAGGACGGCAAAGACUUCAAAAUUCACCCUUUUGAAGUCCAUGAAGAAUAAGAUUCACAAGGGACUUCAUUUUCUCCUAUGUAUAUACCCCCAGCAAACACCUCCAAAUAACACUCUCAAGCUGCUGCUUCCACCCUCUCUUCUCAGACCAUACCCAUGUCCAGGCUUCAUGAUCUUCGCCGCCUUUCCUCUUUCAAUACAGUCUGUCAGUCGACUGACUUCUCGGCGUUCGGGAAAUGGACGGCAGAUUUUGAUUUCUGGGGCCAACAGAGAACCAGGAAUCAUGAUGCCUGUGGUUUUUCAAGCUUUGCUGAAGCAGAGGAGUUGCAGGCUCAAACAAUAGAUCAUGAAGGCGACGGCUGUGGCGCCUGCUCACCUCCAUUAUGGACAAGCACGACCCCUUUACUCCCCGGCGAUCAUUGUUACAGUUAUCCAUCCCCGAGAUCGCGGUUGCAGGCAAUCAUGGACGGCAGAAAGGAAAUCAUGGAGAUGAUCAAGGACUUGCCUGAGUCUUCAUACGAACUCUCCCUGAAAGAUAUCGUUGAUGAGCAGAAGAGCUUGGAACAGCAGAGGUUGGAAGCCGGUCAUAAAGAUGGUGUAAUGGCAUGUGGGAGUCUGAAUUCGGAUAAACUAAAGCAACAGAGGAGGAAAAAGUGCACGAACCGUCAGAUAUCGCGAAGCCAAAGCAUGGAUACUGGAGUUUUCCUUCUGAAAACGUUUGCCCCAGUUUCUUGGGGACUGAAGCGGAGAUCGACAACGAGUAACCGCUCGAAGGUUUCUCCAAGACCAUUGAUGGAGGCACCGGAGAAGGCAGUUGAUCAAAAGGGAUGGUGGAAGUCUCUGUCUAUGGGAAAUGGUAAGAACAGUAGAAGUAGCAGCAGCAAUAGCAACAGCAGCAGCAGCAGCACUGGAAGCACUACUAGCAUCAGGAACAGGCACGAAGACAUGAGCUUUACACCCAGCUGCUGGUCCUUUUUCAAAAAAAACAGAUUCAGGAGACAGUAGAGAGGGGCUGCCUCCUGUGAAUGAGCUCACUUUAUGAAAAUCGUUCAAUGCAACUACUACUACAAUAGUUACCAGCUACAAGUGAGGCACUUGCAUGCCAAUCUUGUGGCAUCCGAAGAUAUAAUAAUCCACACUUACUGUUAUCAAGCUAGAUGUCACGCUCUUGGAAAACUGUAACAUACAGGUUCAGAAUAAUCGAUUUCCCCAUGAGCUUACAUAUAUAUUCUGCAAGGUGCAGAUGCAGAUCUAAAUGUAUUUCUUAGUUUAUAGAGCUGAUUGCCAAGAAAGUCGGUAGUCACCCCCCCCCCCCCCCCCCCCCCUCUUUUCUUGACGUUAUUGUUAGUGUAUGUGCUCUAGACCCAAUCAGAUUGAGCAUGUUGUACACUGAUAAUUGUAAUCAUAUUUAUUAUUUGAAUAAGGAGUUGUUCAAAUU